AUGGAGGAAUCGCCUCGAUCUUUUAUACGCGCCGACUAUACUGUUGGCUGGAUAUGCGCGCUACCGAUAGAGCUCAGCGCAGCACGGAGGAUGUUAGACGAAAAGCACCCUGACCUACCAAAGAAGGCAGGCGACGAGAACCAUUAUUGUUUGGGGCGUAUAGGAUGCCACAACAUCGUUCUUGCCUGCCUUCCCGCCGGCGGAAUUGGCAACAACUCCGCCGCAACUGUGGCAAAAGACAUGAUGCGCAGUUACAAGUCCCUCAAGGUAAACCUGCUCGUUGGCGUUGCGGCUGGCGCUCCAGGAGAGAGUAACGAUAUCCGGCUUGGAGACAUCAUUGUCAGCAAACCCGAUGGGACUCACGGCGGAGUGGUACAGUAUGAUUUUGGCAAAAGGUUGGAGGGGGGUCGUUUUCAACGUACAGGAUCGCUUGACAAGCCGCCUCGGUUUCUGCUACAAGCGAUAGCAGUUAUACAAGCUACCCACGAGGGCGAAAAACCGAAGUUCCACGAGUUCAUCUCAAAGACAACAGCAGCAUAUCCCAACUUUACGCCACCCAGCAGAGAGUCCGACAUCCUAUUCAAAACGACAUACAGCCAUAAGGAGGGUGAGAAAACGUGCAUCAAGUGCGAUCCACAGUGUAUCGUGCCGCGAGAAGCCCGGCCUGACGAUUCUCCAUUAGUACACUACGGCAACAUUGCCUCCGGUAAUCAGGUCAUAAGGGACGCUCCUUUUCGGGACAGUAUAGCUAAAGAAGAGAAGAUCAUCUGCUUCGAGAUGGAGGCGGCCGGAUCGAUGGACAACUUUAGAUGCCUGGUGAUACGAGGCAUCUGUGACUACGCAGACUCCCAUAAGAAUAAGCAUUGGCAGAAGUACGCCGCCGUAGCUGCAGCUGCGUUCGCGAAAGAAUUGCUGUUAACAAUCCCGGAGGAGGAAGUUCAAGUAGCGCGACCAGAGAAAAUAGCGCCAGCGGUUGAGGCCACCGGCAAUGAGCAUUGGCUUGUUCCGCGUGCUGCCAGUGAUCUGUUCACCGGCCGAAAAUGCACCAUGGAAAAAUUGGAGCAGUGCGUCCUACCUGCAACAGGGAACAAGAACCCCAAACAGCGACGGUUCGUUCUUGUUGGCACUGGUGGCAUGGGUAAGAGCGAAGUAUGUCUGAAGUUCGCGGAGAGAUGUCGCAACAGAUUCUGGGGCGUGUUCUGGAUUGAUGCAAGUUUUGAAGAGAGUGCUAAGCGGGGUUUUAUCGACAUUGCUGAGCAUUGCGGCGUGUCAGCGAAAAGCAUCGAAGGAGUCAGAUCGUGGCUUUCGAGCGUUGAGCGAUCCUGGCUGCUUAUAUUAGAUAACGCAGACGACGCCGAAGUCGACUAUUCCAAGUACUUUCCGCCGGGUAAAGCGGGGAGUGUCCUUGUGGCGACACGUGAACCAAACUACUCGUUUCUCAACACGGUGGGAUGGGAGAAGUUAGAGGGCUUAGACAAGGGUGACGCUGAAGAGCUCCUCUUCAAAGCUACAGGAAUUCAACAGGAUAAUUGGCAAGAAAGACGAGGUGCAGCUGAAAGAGUGGUCAAGACCUUGGGUUUUUGCCCACUUGCAAUCGUUCAGGCCGGAGCCUACAUACGUGGGGGUUACUGUGCACUUGAGCAAUUCCCUGAAGAAUACUCCCGCUGCAGUCAGAAGCUGAUGCGACCCAGGCCAGAAACAAGGGAGGCCUCUGAGGCUAACCUAUGCACCACCUUUGAGCUUUGUGCCAAAACACUCGAGACGUCCGACAAACCGGAAGCCGCCUAUGCCCGAGACUUGCUCCAUAUGCUAGCACUUCUUCACUCCGAAGAUGUUGCAGAGACGGUUUUUGAAGAAGCAUGGAGGUACAGUCAAACACGCAGAAGUCCGCCCUCUGAUGAAUUAGAUAGAGGAUUGUAUCUCUCCACAUCACAGGUGUCUCGUGUCCAAUCUCUUACCUUCAUUAAACAAGGCUCUCCGGUCAAUCCUAACGGUGUACCUUUGCGCCAAGCUCGCAAUCUUCUGGUUUCUCUCCGUUUUGUGGCAUUUGAUGAUAGAAAGUGUGCGAUAUCAGUGUAUCGGCCGGUACACGAAUGGCUCAGACGUCGAAUGGACCAGGCACAUUAUCAAGAGACAUGGCUGGAUGCCGGGUCGAUUCUGGCUCUUGCCACGCAAGAAAAGAGGUCGAACAAGGGAUUCUCCAAACAUCUGCUACAAGUGGAAGCAUACUUCAGUCGCCCUCGCAACAACUUCUUUGCAAGCCACAGCAAAAUCGACGCGAUUCGAGCCUUUUACUGGCUGGUUUGGAACCUCAAAGAACGUCAGGCUUUCCCAGUGGCGGGGUCCCUCGCCCGAGUAAUCUUUGAAGCGGCACGUGAUGGGGCCUUCGCGCCGGACUGCUCAGAGUUGAUGGCCCUGCAAUUUCUAUAUGGCAGCUGCCUCCAAGAGGAUGGAGACAAUGACUCAGCGGUAUCACUGCUUACACAGAUGUUCGAAAAGGGAAAGGCUGGGCUACCUGCGGCGCAGCCAUAUCUCCGCCAGGCAGAGAAGCAGCUUGCCAGGUGCCACGGAAACAAGGGGUUUGACAAGGCAAUCAGGGUGUUCAAAGAGAUUGUAGAUUCUCAGAAAACCCAAUCACAUGCUCAGCAGGGAGAACACCCAGCACCACAAGACGGGUAUCAUCAGUUAGUGAAGGCCGUAGACGAGUUCCUCAAGGUUCAGAAAAGCACUUUACCACAGAAGCAUAUCAAUCAGCGAGCGGCAAAAACCGAGCUUAUCAAAGCCGACAUGGACGGGACACGGCUUGAGAAAGCAGCAAAGCUACUAGGAAAGAUCAUCGAAACCCCGACAGAUGUGUUACUACCUGAGCACCCAGACCGGCAAGAGUCGCAAUUUUUGCUUGCGAAAAUCCACGGGACAAGGCGAGAGCUUGGGAGGUCGGCAAAGCUUCUCGAGGACCUGGUCCAGGCUCAGAGGACCAAACUAUCGGCUGACGACCCCAGUCGCCUGGCUACAGAGCACGAGCUUGGGACAACAUACACAGACAAAGGCCGCUAUAAAAAGGCGAUAGAGCUCCUCGCAGAAGUCGUGAAGAGGGAGAAGACUUCGCCUGUCGCCCAGCCAUCUGAUCGCGUCAUAUCACAGCACGAGCUCGCAAGAGCCUACAGCGGCGCUGGCCAGUACGACAAAGCCGCGAAGCUGCUGGAACGUAUCACCAAGAUUGAUGAGGAGACCUUAUCCUUCGACCACCCCGAUCGAUUGGCAUCUAGAAUUGCGCUUGCACAAGCCUAUAGAGGCAUAGGAAAGCCGAGAAUAUCAAUAGAUCUGCUGCGGAAAAUAGCCGAAAUCUGCAAGUCCAGCGCACAAGUUGAUGACGAGACUCAUGUCACAGCUUUGCAGGAGCUUGCAUUGGCAUAUUCCGAUGAGGAACAGCACAAGGAAGCGCUGGAUGUCAUGAAAAAGGCUAUCAAGAUCCAGAAGGCUACACUACCUCCUCGGCACCCGGCACUUCUGCAGUCGCGCCGCUGGCUAAAGCAACUCGAGUUUGCUGUCGCAGGUGAUGCGAAACAGGAGCCUACCAUGCCGCCAACAUCGCCAUCCAAUUCCAUCAUCUCCCCCAUUGGAUAUGGCGGCGUUGGCGCCACGCAUCAAAUAAAAUCAGCCAAGAAAUCACCAAAACCAGAACCAAACAAAGUCCAGAGUCUUCAGAGGCCUGCAACGCCGGCCACCCCACCACCGCCAUAUACCCCAAUACAACCAGCCAAGAAAACCCCCCAAGCCAGGACCAAAACCGGUUCACACUAG